AUGAAGCUGUGUGGGACUUUUCUGGAGAAUGAGUUUCGGGGUGAGCUCCUGAACCAGCGGUGGACCAGAGGCGACCGGAUCAGCCGCUGUAGACCGACACUGAGACUGCAGAGCCAACCAAUCAAAAUGAGUCUGGACAUUGAUGAGAAGCGCACACGCACACGAUCCAAGGCAGUUCGAGUUUCUACAGAGCUUGUGGCACAAGACCUGAGCUGCCCUACGCCAGGAUGCAAUGGUUCUGGCCAUAUCAGUGGAAAAUAUGCCCGACACAGAAGUGCACUAAGCUGCCCAUUAGCCAGGAAGAGGCGGAUCCAAGAGGCAGAACCAGACCAAGAGCAGCCUGUAUCCAAGAGGAAGUCCCACCCACUGAAGCUAGCUAUGGAUGAGGGUUUCAGUGUGGACAGUGAUGGGAGCAGUGAGGAGACAGAGGUGAAGGAGGAGGAGGAGGAGGAGGAGGAGGAGGAAGAGGAUGCAAAGGAAGGUGAUGAAGAGGAGCAGAGAGAGCAGAGAGAGCAGAAAAAUGAGAAUACAAAUGCAGAAGAGGCAGAUGAGGAGGAGUGUAUGAUCAUUGAGGAGUCCAGCACAGAGAAGCCAAAAUCCUCCAGUGGGGAGGAGUAUUCCAACUACCAGCAGAUGGUGGCCAGCUCCCUGCUCCACCUUGGCCAGGCCUCCAUCAACCAAGCUCCAUCUCCUCACAGGCCCCUCGCCAUGGAAACGGAUCAGCAAAACCAGGAGACGACAGAACGCUGUGUUAGGGAUACUGAGGAAGAGGAAGGCGAAGAGCAGUUAGCUGAGAGAGACGAAGAGGAGAUAGGCCAAAAGGAAGCUCCACGCUUUAAUGACAAUAAAGAGGAAGAGAAGAUGGAUGGUGAGGAGAAUGAAAAUGGAGAGAAAGAGCAGCAGAAAGAAAGUGAUCACCAGUACUUCAAUGAAGAACUUCAAACGCCACAGGUUGAGGAAGAGGAGGAUGGACAGGAAGAAACAGAAAUCAAGAGCCAGAGGGAAGAGAUGAUGGACGAUGAAGAUGAUGAUAUCAAGGAAUCAGAGAGAGAACAGGCAACUCACAAACCCUCUGACCCCAUCCCCAACGUCACUUUUCAGGAAACUGAGAUGAACGACAGCCACCGGGUUACCACCCGAGAGGCCUACGUUACCCACAAACCCACAUCACCAGAGAACUACAACUCCUACAAGGCCGCAGCGGCCCCCGAGGUGAUCGAGGUCCGAUCAGAGCAAUCGGAGAAAGAUUACGUAGACGGCGAUGAUGACGAUGAGGAAGACGAUGACAGUCUGUCUCAGAGGUCUACGGUGACAGACGAGUCGGAGAUGUUUGAUAUGACGCGCGGAAACCUGGGACUUCUGGAACAGGCCAUCGCCCUGAAGGCAGAACAGGUCAAGAGUCCUCGAGAGAUCGGACGAAUCCCCGAACACCAUCGCUAUUUUCCUCUGGACGACCGCUCCAGCAAACAUUUGGAAAACAUACGCAAAACCUACUUCAGUAAAGAGAGCUCCCGGCCAGAGAAGAAAGAGGUCAAGUGCCCCACCCCUGGCUGUGAUGGCACAGGUCAUGUGACCGGACUCUACCCGCAUCACCGCAGUCUGUCUGGCUGCCCACAUAAGGACAGAAUCCCACCUGAGAUCUUGGCCAUGCAUGAGAAUGUGCUGAAGUGUCCUACUCCCGGUUGUACAGGACAGGGACAUGUAAACAGUAACCGUAACACACAUCGCAGUUUGUCCGGAUGCCCUAUCGCAGCAGCUGAGAAGCUGUCUAAGAGCCAUGACAAACAACACCUGUCUCAGCCAAUGAGUGAGCACCCCAAAGGAAGCCCCAACUCUGACCGUGUACUCAGGCCCAUGUGUUUCGUGAAGCAGUUGGAGAUUCCUCACUAUGGCAGCUACAGGCCCAAUGUGGUGCCUACAACGCCUCGCGCUAACCUGGCUAAAGAGCUGGAGAAGUACUCCAAGGUGUCCUUUGAUUAUGCAAGCUUCGACGUGCAGGUGUUUGGCAAGCGCAUGCUAGCCCCAAAGAUGCAGACCAGCGAAACCUCACCCAAAGCCUUCAAAACUAAACAGCCCUUCCCCAGGGCCUCUUCGCCCAAUCACAGCCUGCACUGCUACAGCAAGACUGGCCCCUCUGGGGCCUAUGACUACUCCCAUGAUGCCGAGGCAGCCCACAUGGCUGCCACAGCCAUCCUCAACCUGUCCACUCGCUGCUGGGAGAGACCUGAGAACCUCAGCAUCAAGCAACAGGACAAGAACAUGGACAUUGAGGUGGAUGAGAAUGGUACUCUGGACCUGAGUAUGAAGAAGCCCAUUAAAAAGGAAGGAAGUCUGUCUUGCACCAGCCCAGGAGUACGCUCCCCAGACCCCUCUUCUUCUUCAUCAUCCUCCCAUCACCAUGGCAACAGCGGCAUGACCUCACCCCACUCCAUACACACCUACAAACAGGAGGAGUGGGAGGGGCCACUUGACUUCACCAAACCCAACCGCCAGAGAGAGGAAGAUGUGGAGGAGAUGGACCACACAGCACAGUCGUUUGCCUCGUCUGACCCAGAAGACUGUGAGAUGAUGCAGGACUCUCUAGAGGACAGGAAAUACCCUGGAGAGGUCACCACCCCAAGCUUCAAGGUCAAGUUCCAGUCCAAGGACGGCAAGAAGGAGCUUCUGUUGUGUCCCACUCCAGGCUGUGAUGGUAGUGGGCAUAUUACCGGAAACUAUGCAUCUCAUCGCAGCCUGUCUGGGUGUCCUCUUGCUGAUAAGAGUCUGCGGUCCCUAAUGGCAGCACACACCCCUGAACUCAAGUGCCCAACUCCAGGGUGUGAUGGAUCAGGUCAUAUCACUGGUAACUACGCUUCCCACAGAAGUUUGUCUGGGUGUCCCCGUGCCAAGAAAGGUGGAAUAAAAACAACUCCUACCAAGGACGACAAGGAGGACUCCGAGCUCCUAAAAUGUCCGGUACCAGGCUGUGACAGUCUAGGUCAUAUCAGUGGGAAGUAUGCCACCCACCGCAGUGCCUAUGGGUGUCCACUGGCAGCUCGCAGGCAGAAAGAGGGCAUGCUGAACGGUUCUCCAUUCUCCUGGAAGGCCUUUAAGACCGAGGGCCCCACAUGCCCCACACCAGGCUGUGAUGGCUCUGGCCACGCCAAUGGCAGCUUCCUCACCCACCGCAGUCUCUCUGGCUGUCCCCGAGCCUCGUUUGCCAAGAAGAAAGCCAAGUUCCCAGGAGAGGAGUACCUCGGUACCAAGUUCAGGGCCAGUGAUGUGCUAGACAAUGAUGAGGACAUCAAGCAACUGAACAAAGAAAUCAGUGAGCUCAAUGAGUCCAACAACGUGAUGGAGGCAGACAUGGUCAACCUCCAAACACAGAUCUCAUCCAUGGAGAAGAACCUGAAGAAUAUAGAGCAAGAGAAUAAGCUCAUUGAGGAGCAGAAUGAGGCUUUGUUUAUGGAACUGUCUGGACUGAGCCAGGCCCUUAUCCGCAGCCUGGCCAACAUCCGCCUGCCGCACUUGCAGGAGCCAAUCACAGAGCAGAAUUUCGACAGCUACGUGAGCACGCUGACUGAUAUGUACACCAACAAAGACUGCUACCAGAACCCCCAGAACAAGGCCCUACUGGAAACCAUCAACCAGGCCGUCAAGGGCAUCAAGGUCUGA